CCCCCGGCCCGCACCCCAACACACAAAACACACAACACACAACACCUUCUCUUUCUUUGUCUUAAAGAACCUUACUUUCAGUGAGACUCUAAUCUUUUGUUCAGUUUUAUGAGGAUCUCACCUUCUUCAAUGGUCUUACCAAACUAUCCACGUUGUGUUUCAUUAAUAUUACUAUAAUACUAUCACUCUUUUUAUAUUUUUUCCUUUUGGCCUAUAAUUCUCCAUGAUUCUUGAUAUGCUGUAAUACUCCAAGAAAGGGGUAUUGACAAGAUGUGGGUCUGAGGAAUGGAAACACAAGUUCAUUGUAAAGGCUACAUACCAGCUUAUUACUCCAUGAGCUACCUUAGUGAGGAUUCAAACAAUAGAUGGCCCCUACAUUAUGGAGAGAAAAUCUAUACAAAGGCCCAAUACUGUAACGGUUUCAUGUCAAGCACUACGAUAGAUGCAGAUCCUGGAUAUGAUAAGGAUGUUCUAAAGCAGAAAAUACUUGAACACGAGGAAACAUUCAAGAAUCAGGUAUUUGAACUUCAUCGCCUUUACAGAACUCAGAGGAAUAUGAUGUAUGAAAUUAAAAGGACUGGAUUGCCAUCAUCUUCAUCAAGCAUUCUUGGAUCCCAUCUACUACCUAAAGACGCUUGGAAAUGCCAUAUCACCAGCUUCCCCUUGGCAAAUUCAAGUUAUGCAAGACCAUCUAUAUCUGGUACUGAAAUUGUAAAUUCUCCCUUGAGUUCUGCAAAAGUGAACGCUGUACAGUCUGGUCAAGUUCAAAAGCAAAAUGGUCUCUCUUCAAUGAUCUUUGAAGCUUUGGAGGCUAGGCCCUCAAAAGUACGGAAAAAGAUGUUUGAUCUUCAACUUCCAGCGGAUGAGUACCUAGAUACAGAUGAAGUUGAGCAGUUGCAAGAUAAUGAAGGAUCGUUCUAUCCAAGUUCCCGUGCUAAUGGAAAUGAUAAAGUUUCCCUAGACAGUUGUAAAAAGAGUGAUAAAAAAGACGCUUCAGCAUCCAAUUCAUGUUUGAAAAGCUCAGUCCAGUUGACUGACCUCAAUGAACCAGCUCAGCUUGAAGAAGUAACCGCAUCACCUGUUGAUCUUCUUGGAUAUGGUAAUAGUCAUAAGGAGGCUAGAAGCCUAAAUGCUUCGGCUAAAUCAAAUCCAGCAUUUAUGGGUUUUCCUAGAGAAACCACAUGGAACUCCCAUCAGACAAGCCCUAGUAAAGGCAAAGAGAGGGACUGGUUCUCUUCUACAAAUGAGACAGGUAACAUUAAAGGUAGCUUGAAUCCAGUACCUCAUAGUUUUUCACACGACAAGUUCCCUACACCUUGCCACCUGGCACAGGUAAUGCUUGACAAAGCCUCUCAACCUCCCGGGGUUCAAUCACCUCACAGUAUUAAGGAUGACAUAUGGAAAGAGAGAGCAGGGAAUGGUUUAGACAGCUUUCACAGAAAUCAUGAGAAGUUCGACUAUACCUAUGGUACACCAUUUAUCACUUCCCAGACAGCUAGUCCUAUUCCAUUCGGUAAUACCUGGGAGUUUAAUAAUUCAUUGUCACACACACUUUCUUCUUGGGGUAAACCAAGUGGCUUUUCUGCAAGGCUAUCAUCAGGGCAUACAAACCAGUCAUUGAACUCAUGUGCCAUGGUGAGUAAGAGUCCAACGUCACCCCAGUGCCUUGACAUUUCUGGAGACAAGUGGCAUAUUGGUGGAAGUUCUAGGUCGAAUCUUGGUGUGGCUACUGAUCGCUCCGUCAGGAAUGGAUUUUACCAUGGGUCCUCAUCAGUGCCCAAAAUAUCACCACCUUGCUUCUCUGUUGCUUUCGACUCUCGAAAGCAAAACAAGAGUGACAAUUUGACAUCUGACCGCUCCUUUAAUAAUGGAUGCGAGAAGUUUCUUAUUACCUCCAAUAGUAUUGACUUGACGUCCGAAAGAGAUUUCGAUUUGAAUGUACUAUCAAAGAGUGAAGUAAAUGAGGAACUUUCCAGGAGAGACCUUGAGUUGGUUGAUGCAAAGAAAGAGCCUCAAGACUGUAAACCGGAGUUGCCGUGGCUUAAAGCUAAACCAAGUUCAACAGCUGUGGAAGAUCGCAACAUGAAGGCCACAAAGGAGUUGGGGGAAACCCGAAGUGUCAGGAAAAUUAUGGGAGUUUCAAUUCCUGAAAUUCCAUGUGCUUCCAAAAAUGAGUCAUCUUCGUUUGUUUCCACUUCUGCUACUCUUCGAUCCUCACCUGAGGAAGAAAACAGCAAACAUGAAGGGAGGAGAAUAGUGAUUGACAUUAACAUAGCUUGUGGCCUUUCUAUGGUUGAUCCCGAGAAACAGGCUGCUACGGAAGCGGUGGUUGCUGAGACAGCAAUGGAGACAAAAGCUACCAUUAUCAGAAAUUCCUUCGAUUUGAACUCAUGUGUUACCGAAGAUGAAGAUGCAUUCUUUGUCGAAAGCAAUAAUGUCAAUGUGAGGACCAUCGUCGAGAUAGAUCUGGAAGCUCCUUCUGUUCCGGAAACUGAGCUAGACAAUUUGUCUGAAGAAAAAGACCAACAAAAUGAGCUAACACAGGAUGAAGUUGUCAGGGUCGCAGCGGAAGCAAUGGUUUCCAUUUCAUCAUCCAGUCAAAUAUAUCAAAUGUCAAGCGAUCCAUCUAAUGAUCCUCUGGGAUCCCUAGGUUGGUUUGUUGAUGUAGUCAUUUCUUUGGAGAAUGAACCUGAAAGCAAGUCUAAAGAAAUAAUAUCCGAGGAUGCUGUGAUUGUUGCGGGGGCUAUUACUACUGUGGAAAUGGAUUACUUCGAGGCAAUGACAUUGCAACUAGAAGAGACCAAGGAGCAAGACUACCUGCCCAAGCCUUUUGUUCCCGAAGUCCAACAUAUGGAAGAUGUAGGACCCAGGUCACUAACAAAUCGACCCCGAAGAGGAAAUGGAAGGUGGGGAAGACAUCGGAGGGACUUUCAAAGGGAUAUCCUUCCCGGACUGGCUUCCUUAUCAAGGCAUGAAGUGACUGAAGAUAUUCAGACUUUUGGAGAGUUGAUGAAAGCUACAGGGCAUUCUUGGAACUCACGACCAAAGAGAAGGAAUGGCACCAGAAAUGGAGGUACGAGGGGAAGGCGGACCCCAGUAAGCCCUCCUUUAAAGCAGAAAUUGAGUAACAUUGUGUCCAGUUUGGAGGACAAAAGCCUAACAGGAUGGGGCAAGACGACUAGACGUCCAAGGAGGCAAAGAUGCCCGGCAGGUCAUCCUCCUCCCGUCCCAUUAACUAAACUAUGUGAAUGAGGCAGUAAUUUAUCAACUCAUGAUUUAUAGAGAUGAGGUAACAUAUUAGGGAGUUUGUUUAUGUAUUUCGGUGUGAAGUUGUUAGCUAUGGGUUUCCUUGUAAAUGUCUUUGUAGCCCAUAAUUUGGGACACCAUCAUUAUGUGAUGUCCAUUGGGUUAUUGAUUCUGUAUUCAGGACUAAUGAUGCCUAAUGUUACUGGAUCAAAAGCAUUCCCAGAUGCAUCUUUUGGAUGUAUUUAGAAAAAAAUCGCAAUAUCAGGUCAAAAUAUUUCUUCAACUGAAUAA